GGAAGUGACCGUAGGCGGAAUGGUUGCCAUGGAAGCGGCCGGUCGCGCGACUGGGCGGAGGGAAGAUGGCGGUAACGGGCUGGUUGGAGAGUCUGCGGACCGCCGAGAAGACGGCGCUGCUGCAGGACGGGAGAAGGAAGGUGCACUAUUUGUUCCCAGAUGGAAAGGAAAUGGCCGAAGAAUAUGAUGAGAAGACGGGCGAUCUACUUGUGAGAAAGUGGCGUGUGAAAAGUGCCUUGGGAGCCUUGGGCCAGUGGCAGACGGAGGUGGGAGAGCCAGCACUCCCGGGAGCAGGCAGCUUGGGGCCUGAAUUCAUCAAGGAAAACAAUGCCAAUCCCAUCUUUAUGCGCAAGGACACCAAGAUGAGUUUCCAGUGGCGGAUUCGAAACCUCCCCUACCCUAAGGACGUCUACAGUGUCUGUGUGGACCAGACGGAGCGCUGCAUCAUCGUCCGAACAACCAACAAAAAGUACUACAAGAAGUUCUCCAUCCCCGACCUAGACCGGCACCGGCUUACCCCAGAUGAGUCCGCGCUGAGCUUUGCUCAUGCCAACUGCACCCUCAUCAUCUCUUACCGGAAGCCAAAGGAGGUCCUGGAGGCUGAGUCAGAGCUUCAGAAGGAGCUGAAGAAAGUGAAGACGGCCCACAGCAGUGACGGGGACUGUAAGACCCAGUAGCAGAGGAUCCUUGAGCCUGCGCCUUGGGCAGUGUGGUGACCGGGCCUCAGGCAGCACAGCAGUGGGGGAGGCUCUUCAGACUUUGUGGCUUGGGCCUUUCUGGAACAGGGGUACGUCCUCUCUUCUAAGAGCUCUCCAGGCUCUGUGAGAACUGGGCCUUGGGGUGCUCCUAGCCCCCAUACCAUGGUCUGAUCUCCCAAGUAAAGUCGUUCUGAGUCA